AUGGAAGAGGCCGAGGCUACACAGUUUCUGGAAUCCUUACUGGGAAAGACUUUCAACAUCACUGUCCUGGACGGGCGACUGUUUUCGGGAGUUUUUCGAUGCACCGACAAUGAAAGCAAUGUCAUCCUUUCAAAUUCAUUCGAGUACAGAAUGCCAUCCAAAACGGCCGAACAGGCGGCUGUUGAGAAAUUGAAGGCUACCGGGCAGGCGAGCAGGGUGGACAUGACGUCGCGAUUCGUGGGCCUCAUUGUCAUUCCAGGCAAGCAGAUUGCAAAGAUGGAAGUCGAAGAGAAGAGGGAAUGGCCGAGCAGCCAGUCCUUGUCGAUUCGGACGCGAACAUGA